AGGGAAGGAUUGAGUCAUCAGUCAUAGGCGCUUUCUUUUUCAAUCUUGACUCAUUUGAACAAUUCAAAACCUACAUCUGUCCAAACCCCAAGAAGCUUGGGUAGACUUCAACGAAUAUACAAUAGUAUAUAUCUGAACACCGAAUCCGGAGUUGUGGCGAUUUAGUUGUUAUUCUCCUCUGGCAUCAGACUUCUAUUGACGCUUUCAAUUGAGCUUCACCGGAAUAAGGAUCGAUUGAAGAUGCCAACUUACGUACAUCUCAUCCGCCACGCCCAAGGCUUCCACAAUCUUUCGGCCGCCAACCACCAGCUUCACGACCCAGACCUGACACCGCUCGGCAAGAGCCAAUGUGCAGAGCUCUGCAAGAUCUUCCCACAUCAUGACAAGAUAACCCACCUAGUGGCCUCGCCAAUGCGGCGGACCCUGUACACAUGCCUGCUAUCCUUCGAGCCUGCUGUCAAGGCAGGGAAGACAGUCACCGCUCUCCCGGAGCUACAGGAAGUGUCUAGCCUACCGUGUGACACUGGCUCGCCGUCCGAGAAGCUGGCUGCCGAGUUCGACUCGACACAGGCGGACUUCAGCCUCCUUCGACCCGACUGGACAGAUAAGAGCCGCAGCAGCCCUUGGGCUCCCGAGAUGGGCAAGCUCGAAGAGCGCGCCAAGAAAGCCAGGGUCUGGCUUCGCACACUGGGCUCCCAGGUAAAAGACAGGGAGGAUGCGCACAUCAUCGCCGUCACCCACGGAGGCUUCCUGCAUUUCCUGACGCAGGACUGGGAUGGCAUGAACCCGGAGAAAGGCACAGGGUGGGAGAACGCCGAAUACCGGUCUUAUGAGUUCGUUGACGCUACCGGACAAGAUCCGAAUGCGAGCCUCAAAGAGACCAAGAUCAGCUGGAGGGGCCGGCGUGGCAGCGCAAAGGGCCUAACGGAAACGGAGCAGAGAGAGCUUCGUUCCGUCCUAAAGGAGAGGCUGGAGGAGGAAUUUGGCGAGAAGAAAGACGCGAAGUAAGGCGCCAAUUAGAUCUCCCAAAAGUCGCGCAAGAGCUCAAUACGGUUCUGAAACCAUCAUGGCGGCUAACACGGGCACCGGCCUCUCAUUGGAAUGGGAUGGUGACUGUAGUACAGUAUGAUCGAGCAGAUGGGUUGGGAUAAGUGAUUGGGGUAGACAGACCCUCGGCGAGAAUUUUGAAUAAUAUUAGUCGCUGUAGAUACAACACAGCGCUAAUCUCUCUGGACAAAGAGCGCCAGAACUGAAAACAGCUUCAAACGAAUUCAGAUAGGAUUCGGGUCAUCCCUGUUGUCUGCCGUGUAUAGACACGAUAGGGCGUGUAUGUAGUGUUUUAGUCACGUGGGUUCCUGCCGUUGGAUUUACCAAGGUAUGGUGGUUGGUUGGUUGGAUGUUUCAGCCAUGCGGGAUCCCUCCCGUCUCUUCAAUAAACCAAUAACAAGCCCUCGCUAUCUCCC